AGGAGGUGGGAGGAAAGUCGCCGUUGCUGGCCGACCGUUCGUCCAUCUACCGUUCUUGUCUGCAUGUGUCACCUCGCCGUCUUGUUCUUGCGUUGGUUGGCUUGUACGCGAAGUCUCCGAACCAUAGCUCCUCCUGUCUGACGCUCUUGGGUGGGAGAGCUUGCCCGUUUUUACUUCUCUGAUGAUGGGCAUUCGAGGUUGCCAUUUGCGCACGGCAUCGGAUCAUUUCUCGAGAUCAAACUGAGUCCUGGCAACUGUCUAGCGGUGCAAGGGUUGAUUGGAGGAGGAAGCCUGUGUGCGUGUUGCUGCGCGUUUCGCGGGUAGGGGGAAGGUUCAAAGCAAGGGAGACAGAGAACUCGGCGGAGAGGAGGAGAAAGUGGGAUCGGAGUCUGAUAAUUGGGAGUGGGAGCAAUUGGUCCACUGCGGACAACACGGCAGGUGUUCCUGGCAGACGAUAGAGGGCGGGGCGAACGGGCGAGGGGUGGGGGAGUUCCAUGGGCGACUUCGACGAGUACGAUUAUUUAGAAAAUACUCUGGAAAGACCCAACGGGUCGAAAGAUUUGAAUGCAGACAUAGAGAGGGAUGGAAAAGAUUCGCCGGCGGAUAUGAAGAGCUCGAAAAGGAGGAAUGGAGAAGAAGAUGGACAAAGGCAUAGGAGUAAGAGAAAUAGGGCAGGGGAGGAAGAGGAGCAGCGGGAGCGAGGGCGGAGGUCUCUGGGUCGUCAUUCGAGGUCGAAAUCGCCUGGGGAUUUCAGGAACAGGGAAAGAGGAGAGAGAGAAAGGGAAAGAGAGAGAGGGCACGAUAAAGAGAGGGAGAGGGAACGAGAUCGAGACCGGGAAAUGAGGGAGAAAGAGAGAGAAAGACACAGGAGCCGAGACAUAGAUCACAGGGAUAAAGACCGAGAUAGAGAGAGGGAUAGGGAUCGGGACAAAGAUCGGGAGAGGGAGAGGGAAAAGGAUAGGUAUAGAGAGAGAUCAAUAGAUAGGUCGCGAGACCGCGAGAGGGACAGGGGUGCGGAGAGAGUAAGGGAGCGGGAGAGGGAGCGGAGCCGAGACCGGGACCGCAGAGAUUCACGUGAAAGAAGAUCGAGAGACAGAGAUCGUAGAGACAGGGAGCGGGACAGGGACAAGGAUAAAGAAGCUGUCGCUCCGGAGGAAGAGGACCCGGAAAGGGACUUGCGGACUGUGUUCGCUUAUCAGAUUAGCUUGAAAGCUGAUGAGAGGGACGUUUACGAGUUUUUCUCCCGGGCUGGAAAGGUUCGGGAUGUACGGCUUAUUUUGGACCGCAACUCACGGCGACAUAAAGGAGUCGGGUAUAUUGAGUUUUACGAUGUGGCAUCUGUGUCCAUGGCGAUAGCACUCUCAGGGCAGAUACUUUGUGGGACCCAAGUGAUGGUAAAGCUAUCUGAAGCGGAGAAGAAUCUUGUGCCUUCAACUACUGCUGCAGCAGGUGGUGCGACUGGCCUUAUUGGUCCAUACUCGGGCGGAGCAAGGCGUUUGUAUGUAGGAAACCUCCACUUCAAUAUGACUGAAGACCAACUGCGAACGUUGUUUGAGCCGUUUGGCCCAGUGGAACUGGUGCAGUUGCCUCAGGAUCCAGAGACGGGUCAAUGCAAAGGGUUUGGAUUUGUUCAGUAUGCGAAAUUGGAAGAUGCACGGACAGCACAACAAAUGAUGAACGGCAUGGAUUUGGGAGGCAGGCCCAUAAAGGUGUCUGCAGUUUCGGAGAACGUUGGCCUACAAGAGAUGGGAAGCAGUUUGGGUGAGAUUGAUGAUGAUGAAGGUGGUGGCCUGUCUCUGAAUGCGCGGUCAAGGGCACUUCUGAUGCAAAAGCUGGACAGAAGUGGGUCCUCACUUCCUGGCAGUGCUCCUACUGCCACUAUUGGGCCACCUGGUUCGGGGAUAUUAGGAGCGGGAGUUCCGGGUGCGAACGCUCCCAUAACUGCUGCCAUUCCAACGCCAACACCGUUUCCCAUUGCACCAGCUCCAUUUGCGGGACUGCAGCUGCCUGUUGGUCUUGGGCCAACUGUCGAACCAGUUGGACUUCCAAGCGAGUAUCUGCUGCUGAAGAAUAUGUUUGAGCCCAAGAAUGAGACUGAACCUGAUUUUGAUCUUGAUAUUAAAGAAGAUGUCAGUGAGGAGUGCUCCAAGUUUGGAAUUGUCAAGCACAUAUAUGUGGACAAGAACAGUGUUGGUCAUGUUUAUAUUCGAUUUGAUACUGUGGCCGCUGCAUCGAAUGCUCAGAGGGCAUUGCAUGGGCGAUGGUUUGCUGGAAAGAUGAUAACGGCAACAUUUAUGACGGCAAUUGCUUACAAGGCCAAGUUUCCGGAGCUAAGAUGAGGAAGGUUUCUCUUCAACAGCAACUGGCAUUUGAUGAACCUUGCAGUUUUGGAGCGGGGAUUUGACAUGAGCUGCAAGUGCAGUUCCUGCCAGGAGAAUGACUGAAGCAGCUGACUUCGCUGUUGCUGCUUCGUUGAGGUGUUAUCGUCAUGGCUUGUGCUGUUGCAGGGACAUGCGGGCUAGUAGAAUGAGAGUGGGGAAUGAGGCUGUAGUUUGGACAACAUCGCUGUGAUUUGUCUUGGUACAGAACGGUGACAGGGCAAGGUGUGCGUGCUGGAAGCAUGGAUGGCCGUGUGUUUGUGUCCUGUUCUUGGAUUGCCCUAGUGCAGGAUAUGGUCGUGCGGGAGAGUGGAGACGGGCGCUAUUGUUGAGCACCAGCUAUUUUCCUUGGUGGGGGAUCUGCGGAUGCUCUCUGGAAACCAAUCGUUCUGUCCAUGGGCCCUUAAUUGCCCGAUUUGCAUGAUAUGCAGGCAAGGGUUGCAUCCCCCAAACCUGAACAGGCGGAGAGAUUCAAAGGAAUCCAAAUGUAGAUAAUGGAACGUCGCCAGCCGAGUGCCUGGUUGUCGAUCAAGAGAGGUGGUCCCUGGUGCUGUGGUACCUUUGCUUGCAUGCUGGUGGUCAAUGCAGGGAAACAGUGAAAACUCGACGACAAGGGUCUUUGGUUGUGGAGGUGGAUUAAAAACUUAUGCAUGGAUGGUUGUGGCUUGAGCGUUGUGUGAUUGCCUGGUUGACGACAAGGGGCGAUGAGUGUAAUCCAUGGAUCAAAGAGAGCUUCUCCCCAUGGCGUUUCGCCUUUCAUUGCGUCCUUUCUUUCUCAAUGCCAAGGCAUCCACCCAAUGCAUUAUUUUGGAUAUAGCAGGGCCCUUCGCUACUUCUCACUUUGUGGGCUCAUGAGGGAAGUGUAGUCUUCUAUGCAGGGGAGGGAGUGUGAAAGCUGUGUAAUGUUGUCAUCAUUUUUGGGGAUUUCUCAGCGUCGUUCUGCGCGUCCAUGGGUCUUUCUUAAAUAUGUCUGAACGUCUUGACGUAUCCCGUCUUUCUCGGGUGGUUGAUCUCCCCGCCCGUGCUAAGAAAAGAGCACAAGAUAGAAGUGCUCUGUUGGUCUUUGUGUUAGCCGAAUGCAAGGCUGCACUGAAACCCCUACUUGAGAAAGGAAGGAAGGAGAGUCGUUGCCGCAAAAUGAAUGGUUGCUUGUCCC